UGGAAGAAAGAAAGAACAGAGAUCGACAAGCUUCAUUGUGAUCUCCUCGCUUCAUAUCAGUUGAUCUUACUGAGAAGUUAGAGACGGUGCGCGGUGGCCAAAACCGAAAGAGUUUGUUUGUUUGGGUUUUGAGUUUAGCCGAGGUGUUGAAUAUUGCAGCUUGUCCGGUAUCCAGCUACCAUGCGUAUAUGAGUAAUACUGUGGUAAGUGAAAUCAACGAAACAUCCGGAUAGAUCUCUUUUCUUGAUCGUUAACUCCACUCCAACAUGAGUACGAGCGUCUUUGUCUCCGUUUCAUCACUCGACUUGCUUCAUCGGUUCUUUGAUCUGAAAGUCUGAGAAGUUAGGGACUGCGGCGACCAAAAGCGAAAGCGUUUCUUUGGUCAUUAUUCUUUAAUUCUGUAAGCAGGCCGGGAGGAAGCCAAUUUAUUACAUAAGAAGCUAAAUUGUGCGAUGGAAAAAUCAACAAGUUAUGAUCAAGAAAUUCUACAAAAAUUGGUAACUGCUUCAUCAGUCACAAAUGGAAAUCAUAAUCAUGCCGAAAUUCAUCAAUUGAAUCAAAAAGCUGCAAACAGUUCGAGUAGUGGAAAUGGAAAUCAACAUAGAGAGUUGGUAAUUAGCAUCAAAGAAAUGGCUGAAAGCAGCUUGAACACUCCCUUAUCAUCAGACCAGUGUUGUAUCUACAGGAUUCCAACUUUGCUUCGCAAAUUGAAUGAGGAAGCCUACACUCCUCAGGUUAUAUCGAUAGGGCCUUUCCACCAUGGCACCAAAAGAUUAGAACCCAUGGAAAAAUUAAAACUGAAAUAUUUUCAGAGAUUCCUGCAGCGGAUUGACUUCAACGUACUGGAGACUUUAGUAAACACCAUAAAGCUGAAUGAAGAAAGUGUGCGUAACUGUUAUGCAGAAACCAUCAAUUUCAGCAGUGACGAUUUCGUGAAAUUAAUUUUGGUAGAUGGGAUCUUUAUUAUUGAAUUAUUCUACGGAAUAUGGUCCCAAGGAUCAAAUAGUGUUGUUCAUGAGAACCAUAUACUGUUAAAUGCAAUAUCGUGGCUGUUAAUUAUGUUGGACUUGCAGUUACUUGAAAAUCAACUUCCUUUCUUUGCUCUUGAGAUAUUAUUCAGGCUUGCAGAUGUGCCAGUGCAUCCUUCCUUCACUUCGCUUGCAAUUAAGGUCUUUGAGGCUAGAGAAGAUCAGGAAUUUCCUGGAAAUCUUGAAGAGCAACCAAUUAGACACUUUGUUGAUUUGAACAAAGCAUUUUUUCUUCCAUCAUCCAGAAAGCUAUUGUCACCACAUGAAAGUAAUGAUCCUGCUAUAUUAGCUGAUCAUUUAUAUACUGUAAGCCAGUUAUACGAGGCUGAAAUGAAGUUUAAGGUGAGAUCAUGCAAAUGCUUGCUUGACCUAACAAGGCACUUUGCUAAUUUCGCCAGAGCAUUUUUUCUUCCAUCAUCCAGAAAGCUGCUAGUGCUACCGGAUGAAAGUAAUGAUCUUCCUAGUGCUGAUUAUUUAUAUUCUGCAAGUCAGUUGUACGAGGCUGGAGUGAAGUUUAAGGUGAGCUCAAGCAAAUGCUUACUUGACCUGAAAUUCACCAACGGAACAUUGGAAAUUCCAUGUAUUAACCUGCAUGAUUGGACGGAGACUACUUAUCGAAACAUCUUAGCAUUUGAGCAAUGCCAUUAUCCACAUGAAUCACAUUUUACAGACUACAUUGUGCUAUUGAGUUUCCUAAUCAACACUCCCAAAGAUGCGGAUUUACUUAUUAGAAAAGGAAUCAUCAUUAAUUGGCUUGGCAACAGCAAUUCAGUGGCAUGUUUUAUCAAUAAUCUGGAAAAGAAUAUUUUAUAUUGUAGCUGGAAAUGUGCUUAUCGUGGUUUGUUUCGAGAUUUGAAUGCAUUCUAUAGGAACACUAAGCAUACUUGGAAGGCUACCUUGAAACGUGAUUAUUUCGGCACUCCUUGGAAAAUAGCUUCUACUGCAGCUGCUGUUACCUUAUUGCUGCUCACCCUCGGACAAUUUAUAUGCUCCAUCAUCCAACUUGUAAAGAUGUGAAGAAGCUUUGUACAUGAAGUUCUGGAACACAUAUACCGGCUGAGAUUGGAGCAGAGCAAGAGGAGAUUAAGCUAGUGAUACAUGAGAUGAAUUUCAUGCAAGAAAAGUGGAGGUCAUGCUAUCAACCCGAGGGAUUUGAAUGAAGUGAUUUUUGUGUCUUUGUUUCUUAUUAACAUACAAUUUUAUAGCUUUAUUGUUAUUGAUACUGUUGGGAUAUUAAUGGGCUUGUACUCACAAGAAUUUAUUUAUAUUUUCUCUCAUAAUUAAUUGUCUUGUUGUAUUUCUAUAUAAUAACUUCUUUUUUAUUGUCAAUGAUGGAAUGGAAAAAAUUAUAUUUGAACAUAAAAAGUGAGGCCAUUCAAAUAUGUUAAGAGCA